AUGUAUUCUUCUGUGUUUUAUUCUAGACCGCCCCUCUCUGCCACAAUUUGGCAAAAUCCUGUUGGUCUUUACGAUAUUGUAGUCCAACGGGGGUAUUCUUGGCGUGAAUAUUCAGUGGUGACCCAGGACGGGUAUAUUCUCACCAUGCAGCGAAUAAAUGGAAAAAACAUAUCUCGUCCUGUUUUUAUCCAACAUGGAGUCCUCUCCAGCAGUGUGGAUUGGCUGAUUGGAAUAGCGUGUGUUCUUGCCGACAGUGGUUUUGAUGUAUGGUUGGGCAACGUUCGAGGAAAUAUAUAUUCACGUGCUCACUCUACUUUGUCCCCCGACGAGGAUGAAUUUUGGAAUUUUUCAUUUGAAGAUCACGCAGCGUUCGAUAUCCCUGCAAUGGUCUCCUUUGUCCUCACAUCCACCAACAAGGACCAACUUGUUUAUAUUGGGCACUCACAGGGGUCUCUCAUUGGACUUAUUCAGCUUUCGAGGAAUCAGGAAUUCGCUGAUAAGGUCGCUCUUAUGAUUGCAUUGGCACCCACCCUCUCCUUCCAGGGAGUCUACUGUCCAUUUCUAUCCCUCGCCCCCUAUUACCGACAUUUCUAUGUUUAUUCAUAUUUGUUACAAUCAAGUAUUCAAUUUCUGUCACUCAAGACCACACCCCCACUCUACAAUGUAUCCAAUAUUCACACACCCAUUGUGAUCGUGGCUAGUGAAGACGAUGUGCUCUUUCAGAACGUCCGUUUUCUAGAAUCCACUUUCCCUAACGUCGUCGAAUCCAUCUGGCUUGACAAUUUUGCUCAUCUGGACUUUGUGCUAGGAAGGGAGGUUGUCGACAGAGUCUACAAACCACUGAUUUCUGCCAUUGAGAGACACUGA